CUCAACUAGCUCUCUCACCAAUCUUAUCUUCUCCGAGCCUCUGAACUAUUCACCAAAACCCUCAUUCUCCUCAAUUUAGUUCCUCCUUCGAGAUCCCUCUUCUCUUCUGUUUCAAAUUUUAUAUUUUUCGGUUUUUUUUUUCUUUUUGUAGUUUUAUGUGCUUUAAACCAAUUUGUUUUCUCUACUUUUUGUUGUAUAGAGUUUGUUCAAGAAUUCAACCCUGAGGUCUAGAAUUUGGUUCAACUUUAGCUUUUCGGUAAUAUCAUUUGUAUCAAAAAAGUUUCUUUGAGAAUUUUGAGUUCUCUUCCCUAUGGCUAUGGUUACCUUAAAAUCGACUAGCACGGCGAACAUAUCGCAAACUUUUCCAUUCGAGAACAACGCCGCCAACCGUGAUGCUUCCUUUUCGUCAUACUUGAGCGGCAAUGAGGAAGCCUUUGUGCGUAAACUUGCCGAUCAGGCGAGCAAGGAGCAGCAGCAGCAUAACAUUAACAAUCACUUGGGUACAAAGAAAGCAGCUGACGACGAAGAAAUUGGAGUUUUUGGAGCUGAAAAGUACUUCAAUGGAGUGAUGGAUGAGGAGACGAGCGUGACAAGCUCGAAAAGCGGCAGCAGCAGCAGCACGAAGAAAUACGAUCACAAGAAGGAUAAACCAGUGGGUAUGGAUCACAUGAAGAUAAGGGUUCAGUCGGGGACUCCGAGUGUUCGUUCUGAAUCGAGCUUGAACAGCCAAAGCGCCUUGCUUACAAGUGCGUCGAGAAAUCCUUACCGGACAAACACAAGUAAGGGACACAUACAGAGGAAGAACUUCUUUGCCAGCCUUGGCUGCAAAUGUGUGUGUUCGGAUAAGAAUUCGGUUGAUGUGGAUGAACACGUCGGAGAAAUCAGCUUCAAGAAGAACAACCAUGGUGCAAACACAGGCUGCACGAUAACACCAAUCAAUCAUAAACCUCCUGACGUGGUGGACAUUGUUGAUGAAGUUAUAGUUGAUAUGAAAAAAAGCGAAAAGCUUGAAAAGUUGGGAGUUGGGUUGGGAAGAGAGAACUGUUUUACUUUCCCAACUUCAAAAUCCGGGGCGGGGAGUUUGCCGGCGAAGAUGCUGCCUUUUCAGCAAGCAGAAGAGGAGGCGGAGAAAGUGAGGAAGUCUUUGGAAGUGUUUGGCUCCCCUGUGUUUGAGAAGCGAAAUAAGUCUUUCGCCCUCGAAAAAAAGCUCAAAAUGCUGCCGUGGGAUGAGUUUCCGGCGAAUUCUGGCCGUGUAAUCUACAAUAACGAGUCGGAUAGUGAUGCAAGUUCGGAUCUUUUCGAGAUUGAGAGCCUCACCGGCAAAGCAAACCCUUUUCUUGCGCGGCAAGCAUCAGAUGCCGGCUGCGUGACGCCAACGAAUUGUUAUGCGCCGAGUGAGGCGAGCAUAGAGUGGAGUGUGGUCACUGCCAGCGUUGCUGACAUCUCCAUGAUGUCCGAUUUCGAAGAUCACCAGAGACCAGCGAAAAUGGCUCCAAAUUCUACGAAUGCCAAAGCAAGAAUGACCAAGGAAAUUCCGAGGCACCGCUCCGGGGCGCUGUUGGGUUGUAAGAGCCAGAAAUCUGUGAAAGUUGCCGGAGAUGCACACAGAAGUACGUAUCAACAUGAGAAGAGCUAUUUCGAACAGCAGGUCACGCACCGCAGGGCGGAAUCAUACGUGCCAGGGACAAGGUUUCAAGCGGAGACAACUAAUAAGCUGACAGGAUUUGAUGCAAGAGUCCAAGGGCAGCGUGCUCUUGCAGCACGGCCGCUCCCUCGUUCACAUUCACCGCACGCUUCACAUCUUUUGUACAUGUAGUAAAGUAAAUCUUUUUAUUAAUGCAGUAUAUAUAAUGUAUGGAUCAUAAUUUUCACUGGAAUUUCUACCAUGUAUGAUUAAAUAUUUUUCUGUAGUAGUAGUGAUUAAUUCCAAAA